AACUUGAUCUGAUCGAUCUCUUGCGGAGCCCCAGAGAGCCGUGGGGGACCCCUGCUUCCCGUCCCCUGCUCAAUCCCAGUCGACGCUUGUGCCGCCUGGAAACAGGUGAACUGGAAGAGGUAGUCGGAGUUGCUUCAUAUGGGCUUUUUGUUGCUUUGACUGGGAUUUCCUACGCUCAAAAUUCCAGUGUUUAAUUCCGACUGUGCUGCUCUUCUGGAUCUUUACACUCUGGAGUCAAUUGGGAGUUUAUUUUGGUGUCAGCAGUCACGCAUUUCCAUGGAAUCGCUGGCUGACAGUUAACAUAUCAAACAGUACAGCUAGACGGACCAGAUCUGAACACCCUGCAAGCGUAAAUCUGCAUCGGACCCAAAGGAGCAGAAUCAGCCCCAGGCUCAGAGUCAUCCAGGAACCAUCUGACAGACAGAAGGCAGUGCGGCUUUAUAAAAGGUCCCAGACUCUGCAAUGUGCUCUCUGACUCAGUGGAGAUGAGUCUUACAGAGAAGCACUAUGUUCUUCACACAGAGACGGUGACUCUUCCAGCCUUGACCCAAAUCACAUGCUAAAAUUCAAUAGCAAUACAUUACACUACCCUUGACAUAAGGCUCCUAGCUCACAAUCUGAGAAAUUCCUGCAAUGAAUUUAGUAUGGGAACGGUAUGUAUCAGCCAGCACCAUGGAUGGCCGUCACACAGCAUUGGGAGACCCCAGUAUGAGAACAAAUGCAUCUGUAAACCCAGUCUGACCAUAGCUGUAGAUGACAUCUGAUGAGCUUCUUCUAAACCCCUGAAACUAAAGGUUGUGGGUUGUGGAGAUGGAUCGGGAGAAUCAGUCUGCUGAGCAGUUUUUUGGAAACACCUCUGCCGGUGAUUCCUGGGAUAAGACCGUCCUCUUGGGUUUGCAGGUUUCCCUCUCAGCCAUCCUGGCCAUGGUUACCCUGGCUACAGUGCUCUCUAACGCCUUCGUGGUCACUGCCAUCUUUCUGACACGGAAGCUACACACUCCGGCCAAUUUUCUGAUUGGUUCUCUGGCGGUGACAGACCUCCUUGUUUCCAUCCUGGUCAUGCCCAUCAGUAUCGUCUACACGGUAAGCAAGACCUGGUCCUUCGGUCAGAUCGUGUGCACCAUAUGGUUAUCGUCUGACAUCACCUUCUGCACAGCCUCCAUCUUGCACUUGUGUGUCAUCGCUCUGGACCGCUACUGGGCCAUCACGGAUGCGCUGGAGUACUCCAAGCGGCGCACCACGUGCCGUGCUCUGGCCAUGAUUGCUGUGGUCUGGAUCAUCUCCAUCUCCAUCUCCAUGCCUCCACUCUUCUGGCAGCAAGCGAAGGCCCAGGAGGAGGUUACGAUGUGCGUAGUGAACACGGACAAGAUCUCCUAUACGCUCUACUCUACCUUCGGGGCCUUCUAUGUGCCUACUGUACUCCUGGUCAUCCUGUAUGGCCGCAUCUACAUAGCCGCCCGUUCCCGGAUCUUCAAGACGCCCUCGACCCGGGGCAAGCGCUUCACCACCGCGCAGCUCGUCCACAAUUCGGCAGGUUCGUCCCUCAGCUCCAUCAAUUCCACCUCUAACCAGGAGGGGGCGCACUUUCGGCCUGGGAGUGGCAGGGCCGUUGAAGCGGGGGUCGAGGUGGGUUUGAGUGGCGGCUCGCCCCUUUUCACCAACAGCGUCAAGGUGAGGCUAGGUGACGCCAUUGCUGAGCGAAAGCGCAUCAGCGCUGCCCGUGAGAGAAAGGCCACCAAGACUCUGGGCAUCAUACUAGGUGCCUUUAUCGUCUGCUGGUUGCCCUUCUUUGUAGUCACCCUGGUGAUGGGGAUCUGCAAGGACUGCUGGUCCCACCCAGUGCUCUUUGACGUCUUCACCUGGCUUGGCUACCUGAACUCCCUCAUCAACCCUGUGAUCUACACAGUCUUUAAUGAUGAGUUCAAGCAGGCUUUCCACAAACUCAUCAAGUUCAAGCGCUGCAACUGAAGAGCAUCGUGAGGCCUUCUGUACUGUCCUCCUCCAGCUCCCCCGCUCGUGUCUGUGUGAAAACAGGAUUAAGAAUCAGCAGAUCCCAAUGUGAUGUGGUGUUUGUCAUUUCAUGAGCAUAUGCUACAACACACAUUUUGUUGUUGCUUGUUGUAUCUGCCUGUGUGUUGGAUCCUGUGCCGAAAGUGAAUUUUCUUUUAAAUGCAUGCAGAACACAACUGCGGACACCUAAUGCUGGCCCUGCCCUUAUUGUAGGUGUCUGCAGUGGGUAUAUGCAGGAUUAUCGCCUCUUUAUGGAUCCUAAGUCACUCAAAUGGUUCUCAGAAGGGAGCUUAAAGGACUUUUUCUUAAUAGCUGUGAUGUCUGUACUUUUCUGUUCUUUAAUGCUAAUGGUCAUGAAAGACUGAAACAUGGAGUGAAGCCGCUCUUCAGGAACAGAAAGAGACAGAAAAUUCCCCAGGAACUACAGCUCUCCAGUUUCCUCAGACCCUACAGCUUCCCCAGCCACUACAGCUUCCCCACACCCUACAGCUUCCUCUGGCACUGCAGCUUCCCCAGCCACUACAGCUUCCCCACACCCUACAGCUUCCUCUUGCACUGCAGUUUCCUCAGACCCUACAGCUUCCCCAGAC